UCUUCUUGAGCUUUUAGUUGUCGCGGCCGGUUUUAUAAUCACAAUUUUUACCUCUUUAAGUUGUUUUGGUUUUUAAAUAAUUAAAUAUGUCUCUGUUAUUACAACGUGCUGCGAAACUUAUCAGUCGUAAUGUGCUGCCACUUACAACAACCAGUAGAUGUCGCUACUCCGUUGAAGCCGACCCUAUCUUAGGCGACGGCACUGAAGUUCUUGUCGAACGUCUGGAGGGCCGCAAAAAAGGCAUAACUGUGUUGGGUCUCAACAGGCCGACUGCAAAGAAUUCAUUCAGUCGUGGGCUCGUGAACACCUUCAGUGAUAUCCUGCAAGAUAUUAAGCGUGACAAUGGGUCGCGUGUGGUUGUGUUGCGCAGUCUCACACCAGGGAUAUUUUGUGCUGGCGCAGAUUUAAAAGAACGUAAAGGCAUGACAACUGAAGAGACAAGCGAAUUCGUGACACAACUGCGAGGUUUGCUUAUCAGCCUUGAACAACUACCAAUGCCUGUGAUUGCAGCUCUCGAUGGAGCUGCUUUGGGAGGUGGUCUUGAAAUGGCCCUUGCUUGUGAUAUUCGCACAGCUGCCAACAAUGCGAAAAUGGGUCUGGUGGAAACGCGCCUCGCCAUCAUACCAGGAGCAGGUGGCACUCAGCGAUUGCCACGUAUUCUCUCCCCAGCACUUGCAAAGGAAUUGAUUUUUACAGCACGUGUGUUUGAUGGUGCCGAAGCCAAAGAACUGGGUCUAGUCAAUCAUGUGGUGCAACAAAACGAAGCCAAAGAUGCCGCCUAUCAGCGGGCCUUAAAAAUUGCCGAGGAGAUCCUGCCAAAUGGUCCAGUGGGUGUCCGCAUGGCCAAGUUGGCGGUAGAUAAAGGCAUGCAAGUGGAUCUCAAUACUGGCUAUUCUAUCGAGGAAGUCUGCUAUGCCCAGGUUAUACCCACUAAAGAUCGUCUGGAGGGUCUCGCUGCUUUCGCUGAGAAGCGUAAGCCUGUCUAUAAGGGCGAAUAAACAUAAUUUCCUUGUUCAAUCUUAAGUUACAUAAAUGCAUUUAUUAGUUGUUGAAUUUAGAUUGUUUCGCUGAAGUAAAAAAAAACUUAAGAGAAAACUUAAACCUGAUCAUAGAAGUAGAUGAAAAUUAGAUGAAAUAUGAAUAACGGAAUGAAUAAAGCGAUUGGGAAUACUGCAUUUUAAGUGCUAUGUAUGGAGAAUAUACUUAAAA